GGAAGCACCGUCUGUGCUAUCAGAACACCAGGUGGGUUCUCAUCUCUGACUGCACACCUCCAUCCAUCCAUCCAUCCUCUGUGAUCUUUCCCAGAUACCCUCCCAGAUGCAGAAGAUGGGCAAGAACUGCGAGCGGUGCGCGGAGUGGCAAGAGCAUUGCUACUGGAGCCACAUGGCUGAUGAGAACAAGCACUUCUUCAAGCUCAUGGCUGGGGACUUCGCCCAAAGCAUGAGCUUACCUGGUAGGUUUGCAAAGAACUUCAACGGGCGCAUCUCUGAGGUCAUCAAUCUGAAGCCCCAUAGUGGCAAAUCUUGGAGCAUCGAAGUAGCCGGCGACACCGACGAAGUAGUCCUCCGGUCUGGGUGGAAGGAGUUUGUCGAUGACCACGGCAUCGGGGAAGGAGACCGCCUGCUCUUCAGAUACAGUGGAGCGUCCUCCUUUGAUGUCCUGAUGUUCGACUCGGCCGGCUGCCAGAAACCACCGUCUCCUCGCCCCGUCAAACGUCGUGGCUGUGAUGACAAUGACAUAGCAGAGAACUCUGCCAGAGCUAAAGGUCGCCGAUGCGGCUACCACGCUUCCAACAAGGCUGAAGAACGCGCACCGCAUCCGCCUUCACCGGCGAAAGGCGACGGUGCUGGCCUGGAGAUGACACUCUACAGAGGCACCGGCAAGAGCAUUGCCCGGGCAGAUGUUGAUAUGAAUCAUGGUGAGGCGGCUGCCAAGAAUAGGUAUUACUUCUGCAAGAAUGGGCCCGUGAGCGAGUUCCAUCUGACAGAGGAAGACAAGGAGGAGAUAUCAAGCAUCCCUGUCCCGGUCGAGCCGAGGAACCCGGUGUUCGUGAAUGUGAUGCACGCGAGCCAUGUCCGUGGCACCACCCGGACCAGCAUUGUGGGCGUGUCCUCGGAUUUUGCAGGUAAGUACCUGGGAGGGAUCGGCAGAGAGAUCGUUCUGCGGAGAGCCGGCGGGAAAGGGGGGUGGCACGUCCGCUACACAAGCGGAGACAACUGCCGGGGCUUCUGCGGACGCGGGUGGCGCGACUUCGCCCGCGACAAUGGCCUCCUUGCACACGACGUCUGCAUUUUUGAGUUCAUGGAGGGUGCGCGGCGACCGGCGGCCAACGUUCACGUCCUGCGGAGGCUGCACGGCCGCUUCGUCCUGGUGCGCUGAACCUGAUCUCUGCCUGUGUGAACUUAUGUGCUCGACUGUACCCAUAGAACUUACAGCUGUGUCACUGGAAUAAUAAUAGAGGCUGGUGAUACGAGCUUAUCCCAGUAACCGUGAUGUAUUUCAUACCUCCUACGGUGUAUGUCCCAAGUUCACUUUUAUCUAUGUAAAACGGUAUGCAGGUGCAUGGAAGAAGCUUGC